UGGAGUUCAAAAACGCGAUCGGAGGAGUCGCGCACUUGGACCGCAUGCCAGCAGCAACACAUUUCUUCUGGCACGAAAUCAAAUAAACCUCGUUUCUUUUUUUACACUCCUGGAUCGCAGCAAAAUAAGGAAGGAAAAAGGAAAAAAAAACAGCAACGUGUAUUAUUUAUUUUUUUUCUAAUGAAGAAUGGGCUGCGCAAUAUCAGGUCUGGCGGCAAAAGCUGAGUUUGGAGAGAGGACCACAGAGGAUGCUGCUGCUGCUGCUGCGCAUCCCAGAGAGGAUCAGAUCCAGAUGAUUAAAGAGUCGUGGAAAGUUAUCCGGGACGAUAUUGCCAAAGUUGGGAUUAUUAUGUUCGUCAGGUUGUUUGAGACCCAUCCCGAAUGCAAAGACGUCUUCUUCCUGUUCCGAGACGUGGAGGACCUGGAGAGGUUGAGGAGCAGCCGGGAGCUCAGGGCCCACGGUCUACGGGUGAUGUCUUUCAUCGAGAAAAGCGUGGCCAGACUGGACCAGCUGGAGAGACUGGAAGCUCUGGCUCUGGAGCUGGGAAAAAGCCAUUAUCAUUACAACGCCCCGCCUAAGUACUACAGUUACGUCGGAGCAGAAUUCAUCUGCGCCGUGCAGCCCAUCCUGAAGGAGAGGUGGACGCCUGAGCUGGAGGAGGCAUGGAAGACCUUGUUCCAGUAUGUGACCACCCUCAUGAAGCGGGGGUAUCUGGAGGAGAGCAUCCGACAGCGGCAGCUAGCGCUCUCCCCGAAGGACAGGCCGGACAAGAGGAACACGGCACUAUGAGACGCCUCCACUGCAGACAAACCACUCAAGACUGUUUAGAUUGAAUCUGCAAAGUUGUGUUUAUGUAUAUAGUGUACUUACUGUCUCUUUUUGUACACCGCUCAUGUAUACCGCAGUCAUUGUCUGCUACUUUAUCACAAAGGACAAAAGAAAAAAAAUGGCUUUUAACAAAGCACUUUAUUUCUGAACUUAAAUUCUGCUGCAGGACUCGGGAGCACAAUGAGACAAUACAAAAUGGUUGACGAAAUGCGUUGGCUGUAGUUAAACCUGCCUUGUAGUUGUGGUUAACAGAAAUGACAUUAAUAGAAUUACAGCCGAUACUUUGUCUCCGUGUUCGUAACUCAAACUCACUG